UACACGGCGCGGAUUCCUCCGUCGAGAUCAUAAAAUAUACAAAAAAAAAGGAAGACGUCUCGAGAUCCCUUUGCGCGGCUCCAUUCAAACCACCAAACAACGGAAAAAAAGGGCCAGCCGUCACAUUUGAUUUGAAUUUUAAUUCAAUAAAAAAGUGCACAAGAAAAAUCAUAAUAAUAAUAAUAAAAAAAGGAUAUCGCAGCAGGCAGCAGCAAAUGUAAAUGCCUGUCAUUUCGAGUCCUCCCCCGUGUCCCGUGUCCAUGUGCUGUUGUUCUUCUAGUUGUUGUUGUUGUUAAGUGUUGUUUGUGAAGUCGCGAGGCGUAAAAAAUAUUCAAAUUUCAUGUUGAAAUUACUGCACGCAUUCUUAAAUAAUCCAAUGCCAGCACAAGUGUGCAAAAAAUAAGGAGACUCGGCUCGACUCAAAAGGCGACGCCAAGCGUUUGCUAAUAGGAUUACGCAUCACCUCCGGUGCUGACAGAGUCCAGGAUUAGCAGGAUCCACUUGAAGAGCACCCCAGAACGGCACCGAAAAGACUCCUUGCCCCGCUAUUCAUCAUGUUGCUCAUGGGUUCAUGCCUUGCGUAGCUGCAUUCCAUUCAAACGUCCAGCUUAGCUAUGUGGACAUAUAUGAUGGCUGCCGCCCGCGGAGAUCGGGUCAACACGAUGAUGUCCACCCGGAGACGCCCCGAAACCGAGUCCCCCAAAUACGGUUACAACCUUUCCAACCGUCCCAUGUACCGCACCACCCGUUUUGUUGGCCCCGCCUCCUCGGCGCCCGCUCAACUGCAACUGCCCUGUGGAUCCCAUCAGGCAGCUAUGGGCGUGGCACCUCCACCGCUCGAGGAGAUUAGUGGCGGUUUAUUCGCCCCCUUUGCGCCAACGGCAACGAUUACGCUAGAACAGGCAGCUACCUCGAUUCCAAUGUCAGUGGAUGGCGAGGUUCACCACCUUCACUAUCCACGUCGAAGUUGGCAACGGAAAUAUCGCCAGGGGAAUCAUCGUCAGUCAGGAGUAGAGCCCGAAGAGGAUGAGGACGAGGAUGACGACGACGACGAUGAGGAUGACGAGGAUGAGGAUGGUUUCAGUGCUGCCGUGGGCGAUGAUAACCCGGAGGAGGCGAUUGCUCGGGCUGACCAGCAGCAGAAGCAAAACUAUCAGCCAAAUGCCAGCGAUUCCAGUUAUGUGGAAAAUGGCAGAAAGCUGAUACAGGAACCAAGUAAACGCAGCAAACCAUCGGCUUUAAGACGCACUCUGCAAGCUCUGCGCCAGCGUCUGACUAAAAGGAAUCGCCCCAAACCGCCGGAUUGGUUUCUUGAGAAAUUCUCCAAUGCCACCAAUACGGACAAGAUUGGCAAGGGUUGUCCGGCGAUGGAGGAUGCGGCGCUAUCCAGCGAAAUUCGUGGCUCCAGUGUCCUGUGCAACCGAUUGUCCGUGGAUCCCACACUUCAGUCGCAUUACAGGUGGCUUGCCAUCGUAUCCCUUGCUGUCCUCUACAAUAUCAUCUUUGUGGUGGGACGUGCGGUCUUCUGGGAGAUCAAUAAAAGUGCUCCGGCCGUGUGGUACACACUGGACUACCUGUGCGACUUCAUCUAUCUGCUGGAUACGCUCGUCCACAUGCACGAGGGAUUUCUGGACCAGGGGCUCCUCGUGCGCGAUGCCUUUCGGCUACGCAGGCACUACUUCCACACUAAGGGCUGGUAUCUGGACGUUUUGUCAAUGCUGCCCACGGACUUGGCCUAUAUCUGGUGGCCACCGGAAACGUGUUCCAGUCUAUAUCUUCCAUGUCCCGUGAUAGUGCGUCUGAAUCGACUGCUCCGGAUCAAUCGACUGUGGGAGUGGUUCGAUCGAACGGAGACGGCCACUGGAUAUCCCAAUGCCUUCCGCAUCUGCAAAGUGGUGCUAGCCAUUCUGGUACUGAUCCAUUGGAAUGCCUGCAUGUACUUUGCCAUCAGCUAUGAGAUUGGAUUCAGCUCCGACUCUUGGGUGUACAAUCUAAAUGGAACAAGGAAUAAUACCCUGCAGAGGCAGUACAUCUAUAGUUUCUACUGGUCAACGCUGACACUGACCACCAUUGGAGAAACUCCAACGCCGGAGAACGAUGUGGAGUAUCUGUUUGUGGUGGCCGAUUUCCUGGCCGGCGUCCUUAUCUUUGCCACCAUUGUGGGUAACAUUGGCUCCAUGAUCUCCAACAUGAAUGUGGCACGCGUGGAAUUCCAGAAUCGCAUGGAUGGUGUCAAACAGUACAUGGCCUUCCGGAGAGUGGGUCACGAACUGGAGGCCAGGGUCAUUCGAUGGUUUGCCUACACGUGGUCGCAAAGUGGAGCGCUGGACGAGGAGCGAGUGCUGGCUGCCUUGCCGGAUAAGCUGAAGGCUGAGAUUGCCAUCCAGGUGCACAUGGAUACGCUGAAGCAGGUGCGAAUCUUCCAUGACACAGAACCCGGUCUCCUCGAGGCUCUAGUGCUGAAACUCAAGCUCCAAGUGUUCAGUCCGGGCGAUUACAUUUGCCGAAAGGGUGACGUCGGCAAGGAGAUGUAUAUCGUGAAGCGGGGAAAGCUCUCCGUUGUCGGAGAUGAUGGCAUCACCGUGCUGGCCACCUUGGGUGCCGGAUCUGUGUUCGGUGAGGUUUCCGUGCUGGAGAUUGCUGGCAAUCGAACAGGAAAUCGACGAACCGCCAACGUGAGAUCUUUGGGUUACUCGGAUCUCUUUUGCCUGGCGAAAAGGGACUUGUGGGAGACUCUGUCCGAUUAUCCGGAGGCCAGAUCCACGCUCACUCAGCGAGGAUGCCAGCUGCUGCGGAAAGAUGGCUUAUUGGAUGAGCAGAUUUUCGCGGAUUCCCAGAGGGUACACGAUAGCAUUGAGGGCGGCAUUGAGAAGCUGGAGCUUUCGGUGGAGAACCUCAACAUGCGACUGGCACGUCUUCUAGCGGAGUACACAGCUAGUCAGGCCAAGAUCAAGCAACGCCUGGCCAAGCUGGAGAUGAAUGGCGGCCCUGGCACGUGGCGACUGGAGUGUGAGCCACAGACUCGGGUACGCAGCGGACGCCUCUAUUCGCUGCAGCCCAAGCGGCGCCCACGUUCGCGACCCGACGCGACUGCCAAAAGCGGCGAUGCUGCCAAGCAGAACACGCUCUAAGUCCCCGGAAAACCCGCUGCGAAAAUCCCCGGUCCCCAGUUACCCCCUCCCCACCAAUCCUCAUCUAUCCACCCGAGGCCGGAAAAUAGUGAUAAAUGCAUUAAACUUGCAGGAGCUGUCUGGGCGGGGGGAUAAACCCCCUUUGGCCCCAAGCCAACUGUUAUUUUGGGCUGCAAAAGCGAGUAAAUCAAUUUUUAAUUUUUACAAUUAGUUAGUAGCGAAGGAGGACAGGAGGAGAGGGGCGGUGGGGUAAAGGGGAGUUGUUUGUUCCAAACUUUAUAAAUUUGUAAAAUGAUUCAAAAACUGAAUGUGCCUCAAAAGUGUGUGUGUGCGUGUGUAAAGCUAAGUUAAGUAAAGCGAAAGGGGGAAAGGGAAUAGCAAACGAUGACGGCGGUGGUGAACCAUCUAGUUAACCCACUACGAUCCAAUGUACAUAAUUUAAGCAUAGUCCAAUUUUACACGUGAACUGAAAUUGGUUCGCCUAGGCUAGGAAAAGAUUUUACAAACAUUAACCGAAAAUUUCGAUUAAUAAUCAAACAAAAUCAAAGAAAAAAAUUAUACAGAAACCAUAAAGAAUCAAAUCACAUCAAAUUGACCAAGAAACCGGUGGACAUUGCUGAAAUACUUACGAGGAGGGUUAGAAGGAUGAUGGCUGAUGAUGCACACAAAAUCGAAUUCGAAGAAAGAAAAUGUUAACAACCAAGCUUCCAAAGCUUCCAAACAAAAAUGCAAAACAAAAAAAAGUCAACAAAAACAAAAUUGGUGGAAAAAUCAAAUGAAAUGUAUUUUUAUAUUAGUCCUAGACAUUGAGUGUACGAUGUAUUGUCUAUGUGUAAGUAAAGCUAAAGCUACAGAAUAAACGAGAAUCGA